AUGUUUAAGAAUACAUUAAAAGCUACAAGCUUACUUAGAUCUUCAUAUGUUCCUUCUUUGAAGAAUGGUUCACGUUUAGCCUCCACUAAGACUAUGACCGUUAGAGAUGCUUUAAACAGUGCGAUCGCAGAAGAAUUAGACAGGGAUGAUGAUGUGUUUUUAAUUGGUGAAGAAGUUGCUCAAUAUAAUGGUGCUUACAAAGUUUCUAAAGGUUUAUUAGACAGAUUUGGCGAAAGAAGAAUCAUUGAUACUCCGAUCACUGAAUAUGGUUUUGCAGGUAUGGCUAUCGGUGCUGCUUUCAAAGGUUUGAAACCAAUUGUUGAAUUUAUGUCUUUCAAUUUCUCACUUCAAGCUAUCGAUGCCGUGGUCAACUCAGCCGCAAAGACACAUUAUAUGUCUGGUGGUACUCAAACAUGUCAAAUUGUUUUCAGAGGUCCUAACGGUGCUGCUUUCGGUGUUGCCGCCCAACAUUCUCAAGAUUUUUCAGCUUGGUACGGUUCUAUUCCAGGUUUGAAAGUUUUAGUCCCAUAUUCCGCUGAAGACGCUAGAGGUUUGCUAAAAGCUGCUAUCAGAGAUCCAAAUCCAGUUGUCUUUUUAGAAAACGAAUUAUUAUACGGUGAAUCUUUUGAAAUGUCCGAAGAAUCUUUCUCUCCAGAUUUUACCUUACCAUACAAAGCUAAAGUUGAAAGAGAAGGUAAAGAUAUUUCUAUUAUCACAUACACAAGAAAUGUCGAAUUUUCGUUAAAGGCUGCUGAAAUUUUAAGUCAACAGCAUGGUAUAGACGCCGAAGUCAUAAAUCUAAGAUCCAUCAGACCAUUAGAUGUCGAAGCCAUAGUCAAAUCUUUGAAGAAAACUAACCAUUUAAUCACUGUCGAAUCCACAUUCCCAUCUUUCGGUGUCGGUAGUGAGAUUGUUGCACAAAUCAUGGAAAGUGAAGGUUUUGACUACUUAGACGCUCCAGUCAAGAGAGUUACUGGUGCCGAUGUCCCAACACCAUACGCCAAGGAAUUAGAAGAUUUUGCGUUCCCAGAUCCAGAUACUAUUGUCAGAGCUGUCAAGGAAACCCUUUCUGUCGAUUAA